UAUUAUGAUAAUAAAUUAAAAUAAUAUGAUAUGCAACACAACGGACUGAUUUUAAACAGCUAAAAGAACUGAAAGUGGAAGCGGAUGACACCUGAAGCAUCGACACUCACGUUACAAUGGCUGCGCCCGUUCUUACGUUAAAAAUAAGCGUGAUGGGGGUGAAGGCGCAGCGUCCUCGCUGCUUCUUUGACAUUGGCAUCAGUAAUGUGCCAGCGGGGCGAGUCGUCAUCGAGCUUUUCUCUGAGGCAUGUCCCAAGACGUGUGAAAACUUCCGCUGCCUGUGCACAGGUGAGAAAGGAAUUGGCAAGACUACCCAGAAACCUUUGCACUACAAAGGAAGUCUGUUCCAUAGGAUAGUGAAGGACUUUAUGAUACAAGGAGGAGACUUCAGUGAAGGGAAUGGCAGAGGUGGAGAAUCUAUAUAUGGAGGAUUCUUUGAAGAUGAAAGCUUCUCAAUGAAACAUACCAAGGAGUUCCUGCUGUCAAUGGCAAACAGAGGGAAAGACACCAAUGGCUCACAGUUCUUUAUAACUACAAAACCAACUCCUCACUUGGACGGCAUUCAUGUGGUGUUUGGUCAGGUGAUCUCCGGCCAGGAGGUGAUCCGGAUGAUCGAGAGUCAGAAGACAGAUACCAACAGCCGACCCUAUGCCGAGGUCAAAGUGCUCAACUGUGGGGAACUUGUUCCAAAAUCUAAAGCAAAGAAAGAAAAGAAGAAGCAUCAGUCAUCCAGUGAGAGUGACGACGACUCUUCUUCAGGCAGCUCCACGGGUUCGGAGGAAUCAGAGAAUAAGAAGCGACGGAAGAAACACAAAAAGGAACACAAGAAAAAGAAGGAACAGAAACACAAGAAGAAAGAGAAGAAGGGGUCUGAUGAGGAAGAGGCUGAUCCCCAACCUUUGUCGACCAUCCGCCCAGAGGAAGUCCCGCCCAUUCCAGAAAACCGCUUCCUAAUGAGGCGAAGCCCUCAGAAGUCCAAAGAGGAGGAGCAGGGGAAAGAACAGCAGAAGGAGGACUCUGCGAGAGAGAGACAGAGAGAAAGAGACAGGGACAGGGAGAGAGAGAGGGAAAGGGACAGACCCAUGGCGAAUUCACGGCCAAAUCGCACAAGACUCGUGAUGACCAGGUCAGGGCGCAGAAUUAAAGGAAGAGGACCGAGGCGCUAUCGGACACCAUCUCGAUCUCGCUCACGAUCGUGGGAUCGGUUUCGGCGUAGUGAGACUCCUCCACACUGGAGGCAGGAAAUGCAAAGAACACAGAAAGCUAAAACCAACACAGCUGCCACCCAGGACCGAUGGAUCAAAGGGGACAAAGGAGACAUGUCAGAGGAAAAGGCAGAAGCCACUGAGCCAGCCAGUGAAAACAAAGCUACAGGACAAGAAGAAGCAAAAAAGAACUCUGAACGAGAAAAGAAAGAUACAAAGCGGGACAAAUCACGCAGUCCAUCCAGAGGAAGGGAUAGGAAGAGGGACAAACAUCGCUCCAAAAGCAGAGAUCGGGACACUCGUAAAAAGACAGAUGCUGAUGCCGAAAAGAAGAAAGCUCGUAGCCGGAGCAAGAGCAAGAGCAAAGAAAAGAAGAGAGAGAAGGAAAAGCGUGAUAAAGCAGACGACAAACGGGGACGCUCAAGCAGCAGGGACAGGAAAGAGAAAGACAAAGAUGCCAAAGAGCGAGAGAAGGAAGGUGAACAAAAAGACAGAAGCAAAGAAAGGACCAAACAACAUCUGGAUGGAAAUGAAAAGGAGAAAUCGAAGGAGGUGGAAAAGAAGAAAAAUGGAGAGCAGCGACGUGACCGAUCAAGAAGCAGAGAAAAGGGUCGUGAUGCAUCGCGGAGGUCCCGGUCGAGGGGCCGCGGCCAGCGUGGCCAAUCGCGUGACAGAGGCCGCGACAGGCGUCACAGCAGCAGCCGGGACAGAAGAUCAUCUCGCCGGUCGAGGAGCAGAGAACGAGACAGAGGUCGGGAUCGGGGGAGAGAUGCAGAAGACAGAAACAAGAGGAAGAGCACAGAAACCAGAGGACGAGACAGGAGCUCCAAAGAACGCUCUUCCCAGAAAGAGCGAAGCCGAGAGCGAGAUGAUCGACAGAGCGGUAGGAAGAGGAAAGAAAAGAGCGACAGUGGAAGCAGCGAUUCUGAGAGUGAUGGCGAUAAACGGAAGAAAAGAAAAAGGAGCGAGAGCCCAAAAUCAAAAGAGAGGGCAAAGGACAAAUCUAAAAGUCCAAGAAAAGAUGCAAAGAAAAAGGACGCCUCUUCCAGUGACAGUGAUUGAGACUCUGCAUGUACCAAUCCAGUUUUUUAGUUUUCUUUUCCCCACACAAGCAUCAACGGUCUGCUGUUCAACAAACAAUACAAAGAGACUGACAUUUUAGUCAUCAUGUAAACAUCGUGGACAUAUCCUGGUACUCGAUGCCUGGAAUAUUUUUAAUGACUAAUACAGACCGUAAAAUCCUAAUUUGUUUCAAAUGAAUCGGUUAUUUGUCCCGCUUUUAUCUGACGUUUGUUUUUUUCUUGCCCAUAUCUCGACGUGAACGUUUAGUGAGUUCCCUAGUGAAAAUGGUUGCUUUAAAUCUUUUUUUUUUCUGUCUGAUCUGAGCUGUUUUUUUUUGUUUUUUUUUUUUUAAGGGGUUUGUUGGGGACAUGUUUGCGUACCUUGGAGUUUUGUAAGGGCUUUAUGUUUAUAAAGAGAUGACAAUGUUAGGUUCUGCUGAAUUUGACAAAUAAAAAUUGAUACUGAACCUGUGAA